UCUAAACCCUAAUGAUUUAAAUACACAUUCUUCUUCUUCUCCUCCUCCUUCUUUAUAUGUGCCACCCUUCUUCAUCCUCUGUAAACCCUAGAGCAAUCUCCAAGUUCUUCAACGAUUACUGAUUCAAUCCAAUGGAUCUUCCAAAUCUCGCUAUUGUUCUGCAAGCAGCGCUCAGUCCCAAUCCUGCUGAACGCAAAGCCGCUGAAGAUAGCCUCAAUCAGUAUCAGUAUACUCCUCAGCAUCUGGUGAGGCUGCUGCAGAUCACUGUAGAUGGAAAUUGUGAUAUUGCUGUUCGGCAGGCUGCCAGUAUUCAUUUUAAGAACUUCAUUGCAAAAAAUUGGUCACCUCUUGAUCCAGAUGAACAAUCCAAGAUUUUGCCAAGUGAUAAAGACUUGGUGAGGCAGAACAUUCUUCUUUUUGUAGCACAAGUUCCUCCAUUGUUGAGGGCACAGUUGGGUGAGUGCCUCAAGACGAUAAUACAUGCUGAUUAUCCGGAACAAUGGCCAGGUCUUUUGCAUUGGGUGACACAUAAUUUGCAAGACCAGCAACAAGUAUAUGGAGCACUUUUUGUGCUUAGAAUACUUGCUAGAAAAUAUGAGUUUAAGUCAGAUGAGGAAAGGAUUCCAGUUUACCUUGUUGUUGAACAGACAUUUCCUCAUUUGCUAAAUAUAUUCGGCAAUCUCGUUCAGAUAGGAAAUCCUUCAAUUGAAGUAGCAGAUUUAGUUAAACUUAUCUGCAAAAUAUUCUGGUCUUCUAUUUAUUUGGAGAUUCCGAAGAAAUUGUUUGACCCAAAUGUGUUCAAUGCUUGGAUGGUCCUAUUCUUAAAUAUGUUGGAAAGACCCGUUCCUUUAGAGGGUCAACCGGCCGAUCCAGAGCUACGCAAGUCAUGGGGAUGGUGGAAGGUUAAAAAGUGGACAGUUCACAUAUUAAAUCGCCUAUAUACUCGGUUUGGUGACCUUAAAUUGCAAAACCCCGAGAAUAAAGCCUUUGCUCAACACUUUCAGAAAAAUUACGCAGGGAAAAUUUUGGAGUGCCACCUCAACUUGUUGAAUGCGGUUCGUACUGGUGACUACUUACCUGACAGAGUCACCAACCUUAUUUUGCAAUACUUGAGCAACAGCAUUUCCAAGACUACAAUGUACAAUCAGCUCCAACCAAGACUUGAUGUUGUUCUUUUUGAGAUAAUAUUUCCGCUUAUGUGCUUCAACGAUAAUGAUCAAACCCUUUGGGAGGAAGAUCCACAUGAGUAUGUGAGGAAGGGUUACGAUAUUAUUGAAGACCUAUACAGUCCUAGGACUGCUGCAAUGGAUUUUGUAAGUGAGUUGGUAAGAAAACGUGGGAAAGAAAACCUUCAAAAGUUCAUAUUAUUCAUUGUAGAGAUUUUUAAAAGAUAUGAAGCAGCGCCAGUUGAGUUGAAACCUUAUAGACAAAAAGACGGUGCGCUUCUCGCCAUUGGAGCUCUGUGUGAUAAAUUGAAACAAACUGAACCAUACAAAUCUGAGCUUGAGCCCAUGCUAGUGCAACAUGUUUUCCCAGAGUUUGUCAGUCCUGUUGGCCAUCUCAGAGCAAAGGCUGCAUGGGUUGCCGGACAAUACGCUCAUGUUAAUUUCUCUGACCCAAAUAAUUUCCGUAAAGCACUACAAUGUGUAGUUGCUGGGAUGCGUGACCCCGAGCUUCCAGUUCGUGUUGAUUCUGUUUUUGCAUUGCGUUCUUUUGUUGAAUCUUGUAAAGAUCUAGGUGAAAUCAGACCAAUCCUUCCGCAGCUACUUGAUGAUUUUUUCAAGCUAAUGGAUGAAGUUGAAAACGAAGAUUUGGUGUUUACUCUCGAGACAAUUGUUGACAAAUUCGGAGAGGAAAUGGCACCUUAUGCUCUGGGCUUGUGCCAGAGUCUGGCUGCUGCAUUUUGGAAAUGUAUCAAUACUUGUGAAGGUGAUGAAGAAGCAGAUGAUCCUGGUGCGUUAGCAGCUGCUGGUUGUUUACGUGCCAUUAGUACAAUUCUUGAAUCCGUAAGCAGGCUGCCUCACAUUUUUGCUCACAUUGAGCCAACUUUACUACCAAUAAUGCGUCGCAUGCUUACGACUGAUGGGCAAGAUGUCUUUGAAGAAGUGUUGGAAAUUGUAUCAUACAUGACCUUUUUUUCACCAACAAUAUCCAUGGAUAUGUGGAGUCUCUGGCCAUUGCUUAUCGAAGCUCUUGCUGAUUGGGCUAUUGACUUUUUCCCCAAUAUCCUUGUCCCAUUGGACAACUAUAUAUCAAGGAGCACCGUGCAUUAUCUUACAUGCAAGGAGCCAGACUACCAACAAAGUUUAUGGAAUAUGCUUUCCAAUAUAAUGAGUGAUAAGAACUUGGAGGACAAUGACAUUGAACCUGCACCCAAGCUUAUCGAAGUGGUGUUCCAGAACUGCAAGGGCCAGGUGGACCAUUGGGUUGAGCCAUAUAUUAGACUCACAGUUGAGCGUUUGCGUGUAGCAGAGAGACCAUACUUGAAAUGUCUUCUGGUGCAAGUUAUUGCUGAUGCUCUUUACUAUAAUGCAUCUUUGACACUCAACGUAUUGCAAAAGCUUGGUGUCGCUACAGAAGUCUUUAAUCUAUGGUUCCAAAUGUUGCAACAAACUAAGAGGAGUGGUGGACGUGCUAACUUUAAGCGGGAACAUGAUAAAAAAGUGUGCUGUUUGGGUUUGACAUCUCUGCUUACGCUUUCUGCGGAUCAGCUGCCCGGUGAGGCCUUGGAGCGGGUGUUCAAGGCAACACUCGAGCUUCUUGUUGCAUAUAAGGAUCAAGUAGCAGAAGCUGCAAAGGAAGGAUCGGAAGAUGAUGAUGGUAUGAAUGAUGAUUUGGAAACCGAUGAUGAUGAAGAUGAUGGGUCUGAUAAGGAUAUGGGAGUUGAUGCAGAGGAUGGCGAUGAAGCUGAUAGCUUAAGACUUCAAAGAUUAGCCGCACAGGCAAAGUCAUUCCGUCCAGCUGAUGAUGAUGACGAUGACGAUGAUGAUGACUUCAGCGAUGACGAGGAUUUGCAAUCUCCUAUUGAUGAAGUUGAUCCAUUUGUUUUCUUUAUGGAUACUGCAAAAGCAUUGCAAGCUUCAGAUCAAAUACGGUUCCAGAAUCUAUCGCAAACACUUGACUUCCAUUAUCAGGCGCUUGCAAGUGGUAUCUCUCAGCAUGCUGAUCAACGACGAGUCGAAAUUGAAAAAGAGAAGUUGGAGAAGGCAUCUGCAUCCGCACCUGCUUCUUGAGAUUUUGCUUUUUGUGCCCCGGAUUUUUUGGUUGUCAACAUUCAAGAACCGUUGGAGAUUUUGGGUUGGCACUCAGUGGUGGUCAGUGGCGGUCAAUAGCGACUACCACAAAAAGUUUCCCAUUUGUUUUUUUGAAGAGUUCAACAGAAGUCGCCUGAAAGUGUGGGUUCUGGAUUUCGAUUGUAUGAUGAGUCGUGUCGUUUGGCAAGUCUACCGGAGAUGAUGCCUUUUUUUUUUCUUUUUUUUUUACCUCUUCUUUGUAGGUGUAGUCUAUACGGGUCAAAACGUCCCAUUCAGGUUAAAAAAAACUACCCUUGAGGCUGGGGUAUGUCCUGCAUAGAGUCUGGAUUCGCGUGUUUGUUUUUUAAUUUUUUUGGUGGAUAUUCUUAUUGUUAUUUAAGGUCGGGUGGUGGAGCGCUGUUGGGGGAUAUUCUUUUUUCGUGUCGGGUGACUUGAAAACGAUUAUUUGUUACUUGAGUACAUGUUAUGUCUUUAAUAAUGUAUGGUGGCAUAGAUAAAUUUGGAUUUGGAGAUGAACUUGUUUUAAUUCAAUACCAAAUGUUUAACUU